AGACGCUUAGUCAUCCAGUAACUGGACUGCAGAUAAUCUUUAAACAUGAAUCCCCUGAAUAUUAUGCUCCGAGGUGCGUCCGUGCUGGUGCUGGCGUGCGUGGUGUCCGCCAUCCCACAAGGAUACGGCUCCGGAGGCGACGGCGGGCUGGGAGUCGAUCUCGGUGGCACAGGAGGCCACGGCGGCAGCGGCGUUGGAGGCGGCAGUGUGCUUCCUUUCGUCUUGGCCGGGAAGGGUGUGCUUUCUGAAAGUGCCAUUGGUGGUGUAGGAGGCGUUGAUGGAGGUGUCAUCGGUGGGGAAUACAGCGCACCAGAUGCUGGAGUCGCCGGAGGCUUCGAUGGUGGUGUUGCUGGAGGCUUUGACUCUGGCGUCGCUGGAGGCUUUGAUACUGGCUUUGAUGGAGGCUUUGACACUGGUGUUGCUGGAGGAUUCGACACUGGCUUCGAUGAUGGUGUAUCCCAUGUCAGCCCACCUGUCAGCGUAUAUGAUGCACCACAUUAAUUUUGUUGAAAUGCAUAAUAAAGAACAAUUAUUCA